AUGUACGCGCCCGGAGGCACGGGACUUGACGGCAACGCUCACCUUGAGCCACAGAAGCAGAGGGAGGCGGAGGAGAGGGCAGCGGAGGAGGCGGAGAGGGAGCGGAAGGCAGAGGAGGAGAGGAGGGCCGCCCUGCUGCGAGCCCAGCAGGAGGAGGAACGGGCGACGGCCCGAGCCGUGGCUGAUGAGGCUCGGCAGAGGCUCGGGCCGAUCUGGGAGAGUGCAGGGGCGGGAGAGGAAGGGGUGUGGCGCGUGGAGGUGAAAGAAGGGGCGGAAUGGGGAGGGAAGGUGGCAGUGGAAGGAGGGGGAGUUGAGAGGGGGGUGGUGGUGAGGGUGGAGUAUAAUAGGGCGGGUAGGCCUUUGGCAGGGGCGGGGGAGGUGUGGCUGCACGCAGGGGUGAAUGGGUGGCAGGGCGGCGUUACUGUUGUGGAGAAACUGGAGCGUGCUACUAACGAGGAUGGUGACUGGUGGGCUGUGGAAGUGGCGCUCAACUGGGUGUUUGCAGACGGGCCGGUGGGGAAAGCGGGCGCGUGGGACAACAACAGCCGGCGGGACUUUGCUGGGCGGAUUGGAGGCGCGGAGAUGAUUGAGGCCCUGUUUGAAGGCAUGGGGGCGGAGUGCUUGCAACGACUGGAGAAAGAGAGGGAGGAGCGGGAGGCAAAAGAGGCUGAUGAGGUGAGUGAAAAGAGGGUUUUAGGGUGGGUAAUGGUGGAGCGGAUUGAGGCUCUGUUUGUGGGCAUGGAGCUGGAGUGCCUGCUGCGACUGGAGGAGGAGAGGGAGGACAGGGACGAGAAAGAGGCUGAGGAGGCAGCGCGGCGGGCAGAGGUGAAAGCAGCCAUGAAGGCACGCACCAAGGCAGCCUUCCUGCAGUCGCAGGCACACGUGUUCUUCACUGAGCCAGCCGAACCGAGAGCAGGAGAGGCAGUGCGCGUGUACUACAACCCCAGCGGCACGGCGCUGCAGGGAAGGGAGAAAGUGUGGAUGCGCGGGUCGUUCAAUUCAGAAACCGUUCAAAAUCGUCCUCCCCCAUACCCCCGUCCACUGAGAUGA